AUGUCGUGGGUUCCAGUCGCUGCAGCAAUUGCUGCAGCACUCGCUGCGGUGUUCGUGGGCUACAAAUUCCUCGCAGGUGGAGCACCCUCGGCGCGAAAGAUCCUCAAGCCAGACACUUUCCAGGAGUUCCCUCUCGUGGACAUCAAGAAGACUUCUCAUAAUGUCGCUAUCUACCGCUUCGCUCUGCCCAAGCCCACCGACAUUCUCGGCUUGCCCAUCGGACAGCACAUGUCUCUUGCGGCUACACCCAAGGGCGCGGAGAAAGAGGUGGUGCGGUCGUACACUCCCAUUUCUUCAGAUGAGGACAAGGGCUGGUUCGAGCUAUUGAUCAAGGCAUAUCCUCAAGGCAACAUCAGCGCGCACAUGACUACGCUCAAGAUUGGAGACACCAUGAAGGUUCGUGGACCCAAGGGAGCUAUGGUGUACCAGCCGAAUCUUUGCAGACGCAUUGGAAUGAUUGCGGGCGGUACCGGCAUUACUCCUAUGCUUCAGAUCAUUCGAGCAAUCAACCGUGGACGACCGAGGAACGGAGGCAAUGAUACCACCAAGGUGGACUUGAUUUUCGCCAAUGUCAACCCAGACGAUAUCCUUCUCAAGGAUCAACUGGAUGCGCUUGACAAGGAAGACCCAGACUUCAACGUCUACUAUGUCUUGAACAACCCCCCUGAAGGUUGGACUGGUGGUGUCGGCUUCGUGACUCCCGACAUGAUCAAGGAGAAACUACCUGCCCCGGCGUCAGACAUCAAGAUCUUGAUCUGCGGCCCACCUCCUAUGGUCAGUGCAAUGAAGAAGGCUACAGAAGGUCUUGGUUACCAGAAGGCUCGACCUGUGAGCAAGCUUGAGGAUCAAGUCUUCUGCUUCUAG